AUGACUUCAGCGAUGAGAAUAUUGUCAUAUGGUGUUGCAGCAGAUGCAGUUGAUGAUUACAUACGUAUCGGAGAAAGUACUGCAAUUCAAAAAUAUCUGAGAUCUCCAACACCAACUGACAUUGCUAGAUUACUUGCUAUUAGAGAGGUUCGGGGGUUUCCUGGCAUAUUGGGAAGUUUAGAUUGCAUGCAUUGGGAGUGGAAAAAUUGUCCAAAGGCAUGGCAAGGUCAAUAUGUAGGCCAUCAAAAGAAGCCAACCAUUAUUCUUGAAGCAGUAGCAUCUUAUGACUUAUGGAUUUGUCAUGCAUUUUUUGGAAUGCCUGGCUCACACAAUGACUUGAAUGUGUUGGACCGAUCGCCUUUGUUUUCUGAUCUUGCGCAAGGUAAAGCUCCCCCUGUCCAUUACACGAUUAACGGACAUAAUUACGAUAUGGGUUAUUACCUUGCUGAUGGUAUAUACCCUCAAUGGGCUACACUGGUUCAAACAAUUUCUUCUCCCCAAGGAGCAAAGAGACAACAUUUUGCAAUGAUGUAA